UCGCACCAAUGCGAGAGUGAGCGAGGCCGAUGGCGACCGCCGAGAUGUGCUUGGGAAGUUGCACGCUGUCGCCGUACCAUGAUUAGAGUCGCGUCGCACCCGCGUCCGUGUGUAUCGUGUGCUCUCCUCGCGGUUUCGAUGUCUCCACAUUUUUCCGUCCUUGCGAGACGCGCGUACGCAAAACGUCGCAUCACGUAUCUCGUGUUUGUAAUACGGUGCGACGACGUCUCUUGCGACGCGAGUGCGUGCCGCAAAUCGUGAGCGUGUGCGUGAGUGCGUGUACCCCGACGGUGCAACAGUGUGCUGUGAUCGUGCACCGUCGUGUCGAAGAAGCGCCGACUGGCUCGCAACGGAUCCGUCGUCCUCCUGUACCGAGCGAGAAAAACGGAGAGGUUAUCACGUAUAUAGUAGCUUGCACGCAACGAGCACGAGAGUUGACAUUUUUCGUGGAUAGCAUGGGCCAGCGGCUGCGUUGUCGGUCGUCCGCGAGCUGCCAAGAAGCAACAUCGUUGUCCCGGCGUCGUCAGUAAACACGAGCACCGACGGAUAUACAGAGUUGGGACUAACCAUGUCCACUAAGAGGCACCGUGGGCGGAAAUUAAGUAUAGUUAACAAAAUAGCACAUGAAGGCCAUGAUAGAUAGAAUGAGUGCAUCUCGGCAAAACGAAGCGCGUUGCUUCAAUGAGAACUCUCCUAGGCCACCAGUGCCAGGAGAGGAAACGGAAAGCUAUGUUAGCCGGAUCCGUCCACAGAGUCCCGCUCUGACAUCUAGACGUUCUGCUUUCACGACGUCGCAGAUCUCCGAUGGUGGUUGCGAUGCUUCCGCGCCACGGGGAUUCGAACCGGAGGGUUGCUGUGGAACCACUACCAUGGAGAGCAAUUCACUUCCCGCUUAUGCACGGUGGGCGAGAAAUCUGCACUCCCUGCUACAGGAUCCAGUUGGUCUAGAAUUGUUCAAGAGGUACCUCGAUCAGGAGGGGCACGUAGACCCGCUCAACUUCUGGUUCGCCUGUGAAGGCCUCAAGGAGCAAAAAAAUGCGGAGAAGAUCUCGCAGCUGGUGAAGCUCAUCUAUCGAAGGUUUUUUCUCAAGUCGCAGCUAACUAUACCGGAGGAUGUGAUGAAAGAGGCAGAUCGUCGAGUAAAAGAAGGCCGCGCUGAUCAGAAGGUGUUCGACAUCGUACAGCUGGAAGUCGAACGGUUGAUCAACGAGACGACGUAUCCAAACUUCCUGCAGUCUGAUGUGUACCUUCAGUACGUUCAAUCUUACCAGAAUCCGGAAUCCGGCGGCUGUCCGAGCUCGAGUUCGGGCAGCCGUGAGAUGUCCAUUUCCUGCGGACCGAGCCAGCUGCCCACUGUGCACGAAGACAGCGAGUACGUCGGCAGCGUGCACAAUUCGCACUCGACCGGUGGAACGCCCGGGGAAUUGAGAUUGACCAAAGAUGUCUUAAUGGCCACCCAACAGAGCAGAGCGAUGGAUUUACGACCAAGACCGGAGGCAUACGCUGGCAUUUACUUGCAACAUGGGACUAGUCCAUAUCACAUGCACGUAACCAGAUUGCACGCACAAUAUUCCUCUUACAACCCAGUAUCCAGACAGGAUUCCGAGCUUCAAAGCUUAAGCAGUGAUGCACGUACCGAGGUGGACAAUAUGUCCCUCAACGACGGAUCUAUCGAUGGAACGAGCAGUAAGCAGAAGAGCAAAAAGCAAUAUAUGAAGCAAUCUAGUAGUAGAGCAAUUAAGGAAUCUGCGAGUAUAAACCGCGAGUCCAUGGCGCACCACGUUGUCCCGCGCACCCAGCGUAUGGCGUUCCCAAAACAGAUGCCGGCGAAGCAGUUUGCGGAGAUGCUCACGCAGAAAUUGGAGAUUCUGGCACGAGAGCAGAAGACUCAAGAGAAACUGGACCGAUAUCUGCAGGAGAAUGACGCAUCGGUCGGUAACGAAGCGGCGACAGAAACGGCGAACACCCACAAGAGCCUAGGAGACGCGUUGAGAGAGAAAUUAUCCAUAGAGGAGGAUAGCGAUCAGGCAAUUCUCGAUGAGCACGUUUCUCGCGUCUGGUCGGAUCAAACGCCGUCGAGAUCACCCAGACACUCGCCCGAGAGAAGGCGUCCUACGCACAAUUAUCCACGGCCUUACAAGCAAAGAAAGGAAAAGGACAUGGACUCCACGUUCUCGGUGGAUAGCGGAAAUAUCCAUGACUUCCAAGAGAGCAGCGACCUCGUAGGAGCCAGCUCCAUGAGUUCGCUAGGCUCGCACCUGUCGAAAUCGAAAUCCGUGCCAUCCGAUUAUGCUGAUUCCCUCCACAAGCAAGAUAUGCAUCAAGGUCACGAGCAGAGGUUCCGAAGGUCGGACAUGACGAGACGAUCGGCCACGAAGAAAUCGAUGACGGAGCUGACGGACAGCGGCGUAAGCGUUGUCAGUGACGGGACACCAUCCCUAAACAAGGACAUUCGCCUGGCGAAUCGGUUUAAGGAAACUGACAAGAAGGUGGAUCUCAAGUACAGCGGUCGUCACGGAAAGCGGUACGGAUCGCGUAGCGGAUCUUUGGAAAGACCGAACAGAGAAGCCUGGAGCAUGGAAGUACCGGCUCAGCCGUUCGUGUCUGUUCUGGGAAUGCCGCCUCUAUCGGCACCUUACACGCACAUACAGUUAGAGGAGACAUGUAGGAGGUUGGAGCAGGAGAAUAAAUCACGUGCCAGCUGCAAACAACGCCAUCUCAACGUUUCCAAACAGACGUACGAGCCCGUGUCGCAAAGCCAACUGUACUUCCAGUCGAAUGAAUCCACCUUGAGAAAACCGAAGCAGGAGGCGGGCGACUUCACUACUGUUGUGUUCAGUUUCUGUGACGAGCAGUUUCCUUAUAGGACCAAGAUUCCUGGUCACAACGUCACUUUAAAGCAGUUCAAAGAAUAUCUGCCGAAAAAAGGAAGUUAUCGAUAUUUCUUUAAAACCGAGUGCGAGGACUUGGAUACGAAAGUCAUUCAGGAGGAGAUAACGGACGAUAGCGAGAUUCUGCCAUUGUGGGAGGGCAAAGUAAUGGCGCAGGUUAAAGCGCUUGAAUAAUAGACUGAACGGAGGAGAAGCAAAACCGAGCGGAAAAACGCGCGAAUUUUAACCAAGUGCCGCAAUAAAUAUUAUUUAAGAAUUCUGUCAGUAGCUGGAAUUAAGAGUUGGCGAGAGCCCACUCGGUGUUUAUACAUAUAUACAUACAUAUUAACGCUUGUCACGCGGCCUCUUUCUCUCUCAUAAUUGCCUAAAGAAAAUAGUUUUAAUUUAAAGAGAAAAAAAAAUACAUCGAGUCGAGCAAUAGCACUGCGCGUUGGACGUUAUAAAACCAAGGAAGAAAAAAGCGGCCUCUUGUCAGAUUGUCGGUUGAACGUCCUCGGAGAAACCUUGUACUUUUUUACUCCCCGCUUUCGGUUUUUCGCUCACCGCACUUGCUGCACUUAGCCAGGGCAAGAAAGAGCGUCCUCUUUCCCUCUCUUUUUCUCUCUCCUCGAGGUUACUUUAUUAACGAAUUUAUCACAAUGGACAAUUCGCGACAGCGAUUUAUUGUACAUAAUUAGUUUGUAGCGAUUUUCACGACAGACAAUGUUAUACAUUUCGUCGGGACGGGCUUUGCUAGGGGCGAAAUCGUCGAUGUAAUUUCGCCUGAUUUUAACUACCACCACUUCCGCGACGGGAUAGUUUGGGCAACAAUGCGUCAAAGUACCGAAACACAUUACGACCGAUUAAACAGUUUCUUCCUCUCGAAGACUUCCCAUAGUUUUUCCAAACAAUUGUACAAAGGUCUUUGUAGUUGAUCGCCUUAGUAAAGUCUGCGUAGAUAUUAGACUUAUGUAAAAGAGGAUAAUUAUUACAAAUUAGUGUCUAAGAAAGUAUAUCACGUGUAUUUCACGUACGUAAAGAACAUUUUGUUUAAUAUACGUAAUAUGUGUUACGUAUACGAUACAAAAUGAACAUGAAAUUAGGAAAGAAAAACUUGAGAACAAUCGUGUUUUUUUUUGUUGUGCCACUAUUACCGUCAUCGUCAUCCCGUUCGAUAUUAUUAAAUCAGCGUAUGAAUGAUAGUCCGAUACAUAUGCAGCAAGACGAUUUUUAUGAUAUACAAUGAAAAAGAAAAAAAAACAGUUACAAUUGGCAUUGGGCCAGCCAAUACCUCGAUGGAAAAAAAGAAGAAAAUUAGCAUUUAGAUUAUAAUGAUGUUUUAUCAGGUGCGGAAAUAUGUGCCUUUUUAGUGCGAUAAGAAUCGAAAUAAGCCUAAAAAAGGUUUAAGAGAUAUUUAUAAAUUGCAGUACAGGGACCCAAAUCCUGCUAAGAGAAACAUUAUUGAUAUCUAUAUUCCUUCGUAUACAAUAUUGUAUAUUUUUUCUUUCCCUUCCUUUUUUUUAGAAUUUCUCCGUCGCGUAUACCGGACUCGCCUAUAACAUUUUUAACUCGUCAUUUUUAUUUAAUUCGUCCAAUCUUAGCCUUUUUCAAAACUUAUACAAAUCUUUAUAUGCUGCAAAUUCCACGAAGAUUUUCGCGUCAAAAUGUUCGAUUGUAUAUUCUAAUGAAAAUUGCGCAAUAGUGUAAAAAAGUGUAUUUAGUCUUUUAUUUAUCUCUCAAUUUAUAAAUAAAGGAACAUGGUUUUCCAGUUUUAAUUCUCACAUAAGACAAGAAAUUAUUAAAAAAUUAUAGAAUUUGAAAUAAAAAAAUGCAGUCGAGGCUGAAAAGAUAAAAAUUACAAUAUACAAUAUAAUACAAUGUAAAUUCAUGAACAAUUUAGUUUUACUUUGUGAUCCUUCAUCCAUUGUAAUUUCCUAAAAAUUGUUUCUAGAAAAUAAAUUUCAUGUACAGAUAAGCUCGGAAAAGUUGAAACCUAUAUAAACGGUGUCAUUUAAUCGGAACAUUUGAUUGCACCGCUGCAAAUCGAUACCGCGAAAUGUUCACGUUGCGAUUAACAACUGUUAAUUGUAAUCGUUUUUUAAUUAAUCAGUAAUCGUAAUGUCACGAACGAUAAAGUGUUCCUGUACCUUUUUAUUAAUUAAUAAUGUUUAUUGUAUAUCAAAAGUAUUGAAUAAUAAUAAUGCGAUUUUCACUGCUCAGA